AUGCGCUUAAAUCAGGUACAACAACAUUAUACUGAUAGUUGCUCUUGGUUUCAUAAUUCACCAGCAAGAAAAGAAGAUUCUAUAAAAAAUAUCGAUGAGCUGAAUGAAGAAUUAUCUGAUUUGUAUCAUACCGUUUUAUUAUCAUUCUUAACAUUAGAAUAUAUUGGAAAUAAACAAGGUAGUAAAUUGUUAUUAAUUGACCCUAAAUUAGCUGAAAAACAAUUAAAUGAUAAACAAAUGCGAAUGGGUCGAUUUAUAUCUGAUUUACUCUCUUUGAAUGAAGUUAAUCGUCUUACUGAUGAAUGGUUAAUGUACUCUAUUGAAACAACUGAUGAUUCAUGGAUAAUUAAACGGAAGUAUAUUGAUGUUGAAUACCAUAAAAUUAACUAUUAUUGGAAUAAAGCACUUUCGAUCGUUCGAAGUAGUGGAUAUCCAAAAUAUCUAACAUUAUACAAGCUCAUUAGAAAUAUACUAAUUAUUUCACAUGGUAACGCAGACGUUGAACGUGGUUUCAGUAUUAAUCAAAAUAUUCUUACAGAAGAUUGUACUCUUUUAUCAGAAAAAUCAAUCAAUGGACUUCGUACUACUUAUAAUGUAGUCAAAUUUUUAGGUUUUGAUUCAAUACACAAGAUGCCAACCAAUAUCGAUAUGCUUCGUGCAGUUCAAAAAUCUACAGCAUUAUAA